AUGAACGACGGUAACGCAGCUUCGUCACAACUGCCAAUCAAGUUCGAUGGUGAGAAACAGCAGCAUCGUCUCGAGAUGCAAUCAAAUAAGACGCCACAACAGCAAAACUUCAAGUCUGGAAUGAAAAAUAAUGGUGAAAAAUGUGAGAACGAGGAGGUCGAAGAAAAUGAGCUCGAGGGUGACUAUAGCGAGUCUUCGGAAGACCAUGAAGACGGACAAUGUGACGAAAAUAUCGUUAGUGGUUGUGGUGGUGUUGGUGCUAGUGGAGAAAACGAUUGUUCCGAGAUGGAAGUGGGUCGUGGUGUUGGCACGAGUAACAACAGCAGUAUACAGGUUGACAUGACCAGUAGUAAAGCACCAAAACGUAAAAACGUUUCAAAUGUUUGCAACGUCAUCAUGAAUCUUCUAGAGUUCAUGCAAUUGGUGUUUUACAUAACGCUGAAAAUGACAUUUGAUCGAAAAGUCGUUUCAGCCGCAGCGGUCACUGAAUUUAUCGAUGCAAUGAACGUGAGCGAAUUCGAGCCCAACGCUGCGGUGUCUGUGUUAAGUACGACGCAACCACAACUGCGUGGUAAAGGAGUAAAACAAGUGAAAUUGAAUGACUCGUCGGCUUCAUCGCCAUUGAAUCGAAUCUGUGUACCGACGGUUCUCGAAGAGACACAGUUUUUCGAAACGGUCAAUCAACAGGAUAGACGCACAGUUUUUCUCACAGUCAUAUCGUGUUUGUUGCCGGCACUCGAAGACGCUGGUAUCGGGCUGGGUUUUCAGCGUGAAUAUUUAAAAUAUUUUCUGGCUACACAUCGCCGUUUCGUUACACCAAAUGACUUCAGUAACACGAACGCACUGAAGAAACCCAACAGAAAGCAGAAACAAACUCACUUGCCGAACGGGGCAAUUUUACUCGAGUAUGUCAAACAGCCUGAUCUAUUUGCUAGUAAUCUGAGCCGAUGCGAUCAAUCGGAUGUCGAGGCAUUGAAAUUUAUCGUUGAAAAACGUAUCGAAAUAUCCAGAGCCAUUUUUCAUUCGUGGUUUAGAAAACGUUUUGCAGAUGCCAAAUAUGUGAACGAUGAAACUGAUGAAAAGCGUGAGGGUUAUAUAUGCAUACCUGUAACGAAUCUUAAGCGAACUGCGGUGCUUAUCACCAACACGGUUAUGCUGAUGCACGACGGCACACAAUUUUCGUUGCCGCAUGCAAGUUUUGAACGUGACAUCACAGCACGAAUGAUUGCGACUGCAGGUCUCUUACGUGGCGAAUACAUGAUUUUGGACGUACUCAUUUCGAACAAAAUCAAAGUCAUAGAUUUGAUGGAAUCGACUAAAAGUGACUGCGUUAUACCUCAAGAAUAUGUGGCGCGAAUGAAGCUCGUCCAGGAUAUGCUCAAGAAUAUUAAGACCGUUGUGCCAACGAUGGAGCGCUACGAAGGAAGUUACAUACAGAAAGCUCAAUGCGGCAUUAACGUAACAAACUAUGUAUAUUAUCGACCUUAUUUGACUGUGGCAAUUGUUGGCCUGUACGACAAGACGGUCUGGUUGGCUUUCAAAAAUGAUGCGGGAGACUUGGAGGUCAAGCUAUCGACGAAUAUUGCUGGUCCGGUAGCUGUGAUCAUCGGGACGGAGCGGCUGUGCCAUAGCCCACCGAGUACAGAGGAAAACACGAAGAUUUUAUUAAAUGGGAAAUUAGUACGUGUACUCGAACUACCUACUUCUAUAAAUGUACGUUUGUUUCGUCGUGUCAUCAAAGUCGAGUUGAAGGAUGGCUUGAAGGACGGAAGCAAGCUGGGCUCGAUCAGUUACAACGAAGUUUCGAGUACACACGAAUUCAAGGCACCAGUCGCGUCUAAAGAGACCGUGUCGGAAGAUAUGCUUAAACAAUUCGUUAACAAUCCAAACAACCUUAACUCAGUGCUCGAAGUGAUCAUAAAAUCACCCCAAUACAAUAGCAUAUUGCGUAAAUUACAAGCAAAUAUUGUACACCUCGAAAUUCCACUGUCAUAUUCAUAAUAUCGAUUUUGUACACUCGUUAAAUAACCGAAAUAAAUAUUGUCAAAAGAUUUACCAUAGCGGAAUCGUUGUCAUCUGCAAUAACACUGGGAUAUUGACUUUUUUUCCACAGUACAUCGGUAAGCGGUGUUUGGAAGCACACAAUCAUAUUAUUGUUGAAAUGUAUUUUUUCCACGAAUCACAUGAUAUUGACGUGGCAGUAAAAGUCAGUCGCUAGAAUCCAAAGCGUAUAGGAAUAUUGAAAAAGCACCUUCUAUCAUAUAUUUGUCAUUGUGAUAUCAAUAUAUUUGUCAUUGAUUCGUGUGAAUAUUUUU